AAUUUCUUGUGUUCUAUAGUGUACUGCAACGGUGGUCGUAAUACAGUGGUACAUAUAAGGGGGCUAAACUACCUAAAAAUAUGGCACAAUAACGUUGGCAUAACAAUCGGCGAAACAACGUACUUACGCGGCUUAUCACGCUGCCGGCGGGUCCCAAUAACUGGACUUGACAUAUCCUGACGGAAUUCGAAGGAGUGAAGGAAGAUGGCCUGGAGUCGAGUGCUUUGCAUGCUGCUCGUGGUCGUAGGUUCGGUUUACUGUAACCCUGCUGCACCACGAGCCACUGGCCUGGAACUGAUCAUCCUUCACAACAACGACAUGCACGCUAGGUUCGAGCAGACGGGAGCAUACAGUAACGAUUGCCAGCCAGAAGAUGUUGCCAGCAACCACUGCUACGGAGGCUUUGCCCGAGUGGCCCACAAAGUUCGAGAGUACCGCGAGAAGGAAGCGGCCGGGGGUCUACCGGUGCUGUACCUCAAUGCAGGCGACACGUACACCGGAACUCCAUGGUUUUCGGUGUACAAGGACAACAUAACGGCCGCCUUUCUGAACAAACUUAAACCAGACGCCAUCUCGCUCGGAAACCACGAGUUUGACCUGGGCGUGGAAGGAUUGGUACCGUUCCUGGACGAAGUCGACUUUCCUGUGCUGGUGACAAACUUGGACCUCUCGAAGACGCCCACGAUGCAAGCGACGAAAUCACUCAACCGAUCGGCCGUCUUCACGAAAGCGGGCGUUCGCAUCGGAGUUAUCGGCUAUCUUACACCGGAAACGAAGACACUGACCCCCGUGAACACGGUUGAGUUUGUGGACGAAAUCGAGGCGAUCAACAAAGAAGCGGCCGCACUGAAGGAGCAGGGCGUCCACGUGCUGAUCGCUUUGGGGCACAGUGGUCUCGAGCGGGACAAGCAAAUUGCGGCCCAGUGUCCGGAUGUAGAUCUGGUGAUUGGUGGUCAUUCGCACACGUUCCUGUACAGUGGGACAGCUCCCAGUGUGGAGACACCCGAAGGUCCCUAUCCGGUGAUGGUGAAGAAUGGCGCCGGCAAGGAUGUUCCGGUGGUGCAAGCGUACGCCUACACGAAGUAUCUCGGCUAUCUGCAUGUGAUGUUCGACGACGGUGGUAACCUGAUCGAAUUGGACGGUACUCCGAUCCUUCUGAACGGUACGGUGCAGCGUGACUCGGAUGUGCUCGAGCUGCUGGAGCUCUACCGACCGGGCAUCCUGGAGUUGGACGAAAAAAUUGGACACACGAACGUGUUCCUUGACUCCAGUCGCUGUCGGUUUGAGGAGUGCAACAUCGGCAACAUGCUGGCCGACUCGGUCGUGAUAACGUACGCGGUGUCGCGCGAGACAAACGCCGACGACUACUGGACGGACGCCGCGAUCGGAUUCGUGCAGGGUGGCGGUAUCCGUGCGUCCAUCAGCGCUGGGCCGAUCACGAUGAAGGACCUCAAAACGGUACUACCGUUUGGUAAUGCCAUGGUAGUGACGGAGGUCACCGGUUCCACUAUCCGGCAGAUGCUGGAGCACAGCGUUCACCGGUACGAUGGAGUGACCGGGUACGGGGAAUUCCUACAGAUGGCAGGAAUCCACGUCGAGUACGACCUUUCGCGGCCUCCGCUGGAGCGAGUUGUGAGCGUCGUGGUACGCUGUGCAAAAUGUGACGUUCCAUCCUACUCACCCCUGAAGGACGAUUCCUCAUACCGGAUCAUCAUGAGCCAGUUUCUGUACGACGGUGGCGAUGGGUACGAUAUGUUACCGGGCACCCCGAAGGAAACGCUGAUGUUCGGAGAGUACGAAAUCACCGAGGAGUAUCUCAAACGGUACUCGCCCAUCUAUCCCGCCAUCGAGUGGCGCAUUCGAAUGGACGGAGUACCGGCGCUACCUCCCACCACGACAACCGGACCCGGAGCUGGUAGCACGACCGAAGACGACAAUGGAGCUGGCCACGUUAACCGUAUGGCGAUGUCCACUCUCGUAACAAUGUUCCUGGUUUCACUUAACUACUACCUAUUGUAAGCAAACUUUAUCCUGCUUAGGCUUAAGUACUUCGUAAACUCCGCCAGCGUACCUCCAAACAAAGUUCAACGUUUACUGUACAAGA